AUGGUGCAGAGAUUUUUCUCAGUGAGGCAAAUGGACCUCCAACAAAACAGCCAAUCCCACCCUGUUAUGCUUCUCUCUGGCCCUCCUUCCUGCGGAAAAACCUCCUUAAUAUUCCAGUUUGCAUUCAACUCCGCAAUGGAGGAGGCCCACCAUGGCAAUACUAAUGGUAAAGUGAUGUUCAUUUGCAACCGCCGCAAGUUAGAGGCCAAGCCCCCCUAUCUUUCCCGGGGCGUUGAUUCAUCCUCUGAGACAUUUCAGCGCAUACAAAUGAAGUAUGUGGAUGAUGAUGAAGGAAUUAAGAAGUACUUUGCUGCAUUUCACCUGCAUGACACAUUUCCUGUGGCAGUUGUUAUUGAUGAUUUUGGAGAUUUCUUUGACGAAAGGAGCUGCCAAGAAAGAUAUGGUAACCCACGAGGAAGAGACUUAGCAAUGGUUCGGACACUAGCUUUAUGUCACAAUGCCAUGGUUCAUGCCAAUGAAACGAGUCCUUGCAAGCUUCUGCUGUCUGAUACACACCAUGGAGACUCCCCAAGGUUGCUCUUCAUCUACAAAAGAUGGGUUACAACCAUUUUUACAAUUCAAGGUGAUGGCUCUGGAUCGUUUGUUCUAAAAGACUAUAGCAAUUCAGGGAGAACAAAGACUGCUAAGUAUUCCAUUGCUCUCCAGUAUCUUUUUCUGGAGGAGAUCACUGAAGCGAGUGAAUAUUAG